AUACAGCAUACACACAAUCAUACACAGGUUACCCUGGAGAAAGCCGGCAUUGGCAACACACUAUCAAAGCAACUGUUUUUUUGAUAAUUUUGCCGUUGGUUUUAGGAUGUUUUAGGGAUGUGUAGUGCAAAUGUCCAGCAACAAACGUUUGAACAGAUGGCCGUAGAUGUCUUAGAUUUGGGAUGAAUUUAACUUUGAACCUUGGAUGACGCUAGCAAUGUCCUACAACACAAUCCUCAUGUUGGUUCGCAUGUAUUUCUCGUUGUGCACACUUGAGGUUUUGGAGUUCCAAUGGAUGCGAGGGUCUUGGCAAGUCUUGAGAGCCUUAUGUCGAGUCUAGCCAACUUUGGCCGUUGAGGUUCGAACAUGGCCCAAGCUUGUGAUUGUCAGCCCGGACAAUCAGAUAAAGAGCUGCUGAAUGACUUGCGUGUUCGCGCUGCCCAACUUCGCUUUUCUCCUUGCUCAAUACCCUUGCAGGUACAACGAUGCAACCCAGCUGGUGCAAAACUGUAAUGAGGAGAAGAAGCCAUGGGCAUUUGGCGCAAUCUUGGCAAGUGCUUGGAAUGAAGCAAUCAUCAAGAGGUUCCGCAAAUGCACGCCGGAGGGAUUUUUGUCAACCUGUCAAAUGUUGACACAGGCCAGAUCAAUGAGCACAAAGGGCUCCAAUUAAUGAGGGG